GAUUAUUAGGUUGAAUCAUCAAUCACAGCUCGAAGAAAUACGCGCGAAAAUUCGAAUGUGUCAAAAUUCCCGCCCUGACGCAUUUUUUUUACGUGCACGCGCCCACACGGAAGUGGUGGGAGGGAACCGUAAUGGCAGCGGGAAUCGACACGUGCUCGUCGCGAGGGGGUACGGAGGGGAAAAUUAAGUGAGUUUAGAAAAUUCAAGGACACAAACUGAUGUGUCGCGUUGUGUGUAAGAUACGGAACGAAAUAUGAAAUACCUGGCGAAACGUCGAAAACGCAUAGCUUUGGCAACCGCAGUCGCAGAUGGAUUAGGUCGAAGACUCAUCUACGCACGCGAUUUAUACAUGAUUAAAGUAAGUGUACAGAUGAAAGGGAGAGAGCGUGAGAACUUUUAAAUAGUAUCACGCUUGGCACACAUGUGUACAGACGUGCGCUUUUCGUCAAUGUGAUUUUACGAGCGGAAUUGUUUCGUGUGAAACGAAAUUUCCGGUAACCGUGUAAUUUGUCCAAGACGUUUAUCGUGUGCCUAAAUUGGACGAUUGGAAUCGGCUUAACUCGACCGCGAUCGCGGACGCGAACACGUCGAGGGCGAGCCAGAGCAGCCAUCAAGCCAGCAGUCACCAAUAAGCGGCGCGUAUUUGGCGCUCGAAGUGACUUGGAGUUGACGCCGGUGGCGGCGGCAGCGACGCGCCGAUUCCCGCGCGGCGCACGUCGGCUCACGGAACUGCACGGCGGCGGCCGAACGUGUUAAAUGGCUGUGCGUCGGCCAUGAUGGCUUUGAGCAGGGACCGUGUCACGCAAACAUGUUUUCGAAGUGAUAUAUCUCGUUUGGUGACUGAGUGACCGUGUUCCAGCGCGAUGGCCGGGGAACGAUGAGGCCCUGAGCGCUCUCUGUGCCGGGUAAUUCGGCCCCAGGGCCCCCAGCCAGGCCUCAAAAGCAGGUCCACGGCGUUCCGCGAGCCCCCCCAACCGACCCGACUGGCAUCACGGUUUGCGGCCAGCCAUCCUUGUUGGUUGUCAACACGCGCGAGCCAGCCGCCCUCAGGAUGAGCAAGCUGUCGUUCAGGGCGCGCGCCCUGGACGCCUCCAAGCCCAUGCCGGUCUACAUGGCCGAGGAGCUGCCGGAUCUGCCAGAUUAUUCGGCCAUUAACCGCGCGGUGCCCCAAAUGCCCAGCGGCAUGGAAAAGGAGGAGGAAUGCGAACAUCAUCUUCAAAGAGCAAUAUGCACAGGUCUAAUUAUUCCUACUCCUGAAGUAACCGAUCUGGCAGAUCUGGAAGCUUACGACAAGAUAUAUCCUGCUAAUUAUAAGCUGCCCCGCCAAUUAAUACAUAUGCAACCCUUUGCUAUGGAACAAGAUAUACCUGAUUAUGAUAUGGAUUCAGAAGAUGAAAAAUGGGUUGCGAUACAAAGCCGCAAAAUGGACUUGACUCCUCUCCAAUUUGAAGAGAUGAUGGAUCGUCUGGAGAAGAGUUCAGGACAAACUGUAGUUACCCUCAGUGAAGCCAAGGCACUUUUGAAAGAGGAUGAUGAUUUAAUUAUCGCGGUUUUCGACUAUUGGCUCAACAAACGUCUUAAAACUCAACAUCCACUGUUACUAACGGUUAAAACGGAGAAUCGAUUCGGUUCGGCUGCCAACAAUCCGUAUCUUGCGUUUAGACGACGCACGGAAAAGAUGCAAACUCGCAAGAAUCGUAAGAACGAUGAAACAAGCUACGAGAAAAUGCUAAAGCUUCGUAGGGAUCUUAGCAGGGCAGUCACACUUUUGGAAAUGGUGAAACGUAGAGAAAAGACGAAACGGGAACACCUGCAUCUCACAAUUGAGAUUUACGAGAAACGGUAUCAAGCGCAAGAUUUCAAUGGACAAAUAUUGGCAGAGGUGUCGGCGUUAAAGGCACCGAGACCAGCGUUUGCUCCGCUCUUUACCAAUCAGUUUGGUGUUCAUCAAAACUGGACAAACAAAGUCUGUAGUAAAGACGAGGUAGUGCCCAGGAAAGAAAAAAGACAGUACAAGAAACGGAAACAUAAAACAGACAGCAGAACAGGAAAUUUAGAGGAUACCAGUGUCCGUAGCGGUACGGGUAGCGGUAGCGGUCGAGGAAAUCGUCCUAUUCUCGGAAGCGGGCUGGACCCGCUCAUCAGCUCAGAUGAGGACAGUCCGCUUCCAUCUCAUUCACACUCUCAGCCCUCGUUAUCCUCCGACCGCGACGACGAAGACCCCGUAGAUGAAGGUCAAUUCGCGUUUCGUCGAAAUAGGAAUAGCACUUAUUUACCGCCUGUAUCAGGUGGUUUUGGAAAUUGGCCUUGGUGUGAUAAAGAUGAAGGUGGUUUGGCUGAUAAGAAGUACAGGUUUGCGCUGACUAGCAUUAGCAAACCAAUACCAAGGUGUAUCGGCCUUGCACGACGGAGAAUUGGUCGAGGUGGCAGAGUAAUACUAGAUCGCUGUACGGCCGAUAUAGACGACAUGUGGUCUUCUUUAGAUUUCACGAUACACGAUUCUAAGCGUGAGCCGGUGGAUUCAAACGCGACUGCCACAGCGAUGACCGCCGUUAAGAAAGAGUGGUUACAUUUUCGACCAAAGACUCCGCCUGUGUCGGUGCAUAGUCCAAGCGAGGAAAGCAGCGAUGACAUGGAUUUGGAUGUAGAGCCAAUGAUGUCUCGAUCCAAGCUUCCAUACCCGUUCCCGCCCGAGGCGACGUCCAUAUGCAUCGAGGUGGAGCCGGAACGCGCGGGUGACGAGUCACCAUUCACAUCGGAGUUUAAUAUCGCAGAUUACUUCCCGGCGGACACCGUGUCGGACUUUGAAUUUGCGGUAGCGAGCCUCAAUAGUACGGGUAGCACCAGUGGUCUGUCGGACAAUAGUGGCGUGAAAGAAUCACGGACAGACGAGCUGGGCAGCUCACACUUUGUGGUGACACCGCUCAUGAGUAAUCUGUUUGCGCCGCCUGCAACGACGCAGCAGGCCCGGCCUCCUCAGUGCAGUGGUGGCAGUUUCAGUGGUGGUUCUAGUGUUGUAAAUACUUCUACGAGUUCUUCGUCGAUUCCUCCGUUGUCCUCCGUUAUCGUCACGUGUACGACUAAUCAAGCUGCCGUAGCAUCAAGUACAGUGUCCACACAGUGCACCAAUGUCGGCAUGGGUGCUACGGUCGACACGCAGUCGAAUCAUCAUCAGCCCAACAAGCAGCAACAUAGACAAUUGCCCAACAACAGUAACGCUGCCUCCAUUCUCUCGAAAUCCUUGACUAGUCCGACAAAUAAUAGGAAUGGCAGCAAUUGCGGCGUUGGCAGUGGUGGUGGUAAUGGUAGUGGUAAUGGUGGUGGUAUUAGUGGCGGUGGUAGUGCGAACAUUAGAGUGUUUAGUGCGAGCACUACGUGCAGUGCUGGCGGCGGCAGUGGUGGUGGUAGUGGUAAUGGUAGUGGCAUUACAAACUUUGGCAACAACCACCAGAACGGUCCACUGCCGCAUAUAAACAACUCUAACAAUCUGACAAACAGCACCCACAUCGUGAACAACCAACAGUCCACGUUAGUUUUGCCACAGAAGCAUCCGCCGUCCAAUUUGCUACCUGGCCUGAUAGCGCAAAGUAAAUUGGCAAGUCUCGCGAGGCAGCAGCAGCAACAGACGCAAAAUCAGGCGCAACAGGUCCCAACGUCCGGGGAAAUUACGCUUAAUAGUAAUAGUGAAAGUUUGGAUAUGGAGGUGGAUGGAGUGGACAAUUCGCCGUGCGACAGCAAACCGCAGCAGCAGCAGCUCGUACGGGCAAACAAAACAAAUUCACUGGCGAUGGAAGUGACAUGAUGCCUGCUAUCGGCACCCCUGUUGCCGCCAAUACGUCACUGGGGGCUUCGUUAAAUUCUCUUACCUUGCCUAUGAUGUCUGCCUCGGGCGGGAAAUCGGACGCGUACUGAUGAUAUAUUGCGCUACAUGUUGACGUGAAAGAGCGAUACGGCUAGGUACAAUUGCAAAACUGCUCCUUCGAUCGAACCAGUUGCUUUAUUGUGCGGCGAUGCAAAUCAGCGAUAGCGUGGAUUCUGAUGCAAGUAUCAAAUUUCUUUUUCUUCUGUCUUCAUUGAGGGAGGAUUGUAAUCGAUCCGUAUUUUUCAAAUUUUCUUUUUCCUUGCUCAUUGAACGACCAUAGCCAUUUACGAUUGCUAAAUAUGACCAUGAUAGCCAUGUAAAAAAAUGUUGCCAUUGUUCCUGUGUAGAUACAAGAUUCCGAAGUUAAUGUAUCCAAUUGCCCGAAAUUAGCAUUUAAUAUUUUUAGUAAUAGUGCUCGUUUUCUUUGUAUAUCAUAAAAAUGGAGGGCAAUAUGUAUAUAGCCAGAAGAUAAACUGCAUUCUGGCUCACAAAGGAUACAUAUUAAUUGUAGGCAAAGUUUUAAAAUUAUGUACAUAAUUAAGUUUCUCUUCAAAAUAUAGCGUGCAAUACUAUUUUGUUGUUUUUAGUCUGCAAUAGUCUCAUUCGUUCAAUGCAAGGAAAACUGUAACCAGAAAUCUGAAAUGCAAGUUAUUACAUGUUUAGGUUAUCGAAAUCUUUUUUAUCAGCUUCAAUGAUACAAAAUAAUUGAUAAACGCGUACAGCAAGCUUUCUCAGACACAGCAUUAAUUAUUGGAUUAUCGAAAUUUCGCAAUAAAACUCUUUUAACUUUAUACAUCUACAUUCAAGAUAUUACGCUCAAGAAUAUAGACUUUGCGUUUUGUCAUGGAUAUUGAUCGAUAAUUAUUUUAAUUUAAUUUUAUUAUGAUAAUCGAUCGACAUUAUUUAAAUUUCCCCCAAAAAUCGGGUAAUUGAAAUGUUUCGGAAAACGAUUUAGAAAUGAUUUACGAUAUAAAUUUCUUCAUAAUGAUAUGUAAAAAAAUUAAUUCGCGCACAGCACUACAUUAAUAAUGAUGGGGAUUUUAUAAUAAUCUGCUCUUGUAAGUACAAUAGUAUGCUUGAAUUACUUCUCAUCGCUUUCCAGAUAAAUGACAUUAUACAUAAAACGAAAAAUAGAUUAAUUAAUUUCCUACGAAAGUGUACGAUUUUUCUCAAUACUGUAUAUAUAGAUUCGGUUCGAAUAUUAUAUGACUUUAUAUAGAGUAAUGCUAUUUCCUUAUACAUACAUAUAU